CAUAUUCGCAUAUUUCACAUUGAGCUAUUAAAACUACAUACACACUAUGCUGAGCUUGCCUGUUGAAUGUAUUAUAUUGGUAUUGAUGACAGGACACCUUUACCAUUCACAUUGUUCAGUUUUUCUAAGUACAUAUUUUCGACAUUAUUAUGUCCGUAUGUUUCAUUAUAAUCAAGCUUAGUCUUUCUCAAAACUAACUUACUAAGGGUAUCCAUGCACUUGCUGGUUAGGGGGGGGGUGUAUUUUUGUAGAUUUAAAGUCUGUAUCCAUGCACUUGCUGGUUAGGGGGGGUGUAUUUUUGUAGAUUUAAAGUCUGUAUCCAUGCACUUGCUGGUUGGUGGGGGUGUAUUUUUGUAGAUUUAAAGUCUGUAUCCAUGCACUUGCUGGAAGUAAGAGGGAAACAACAACUCAGUUUGUUUUUAGUAAUCAAAGAGAUUGAAACUUUCCGAAAUAAGUGAAAAGAUAUAUAGGUACUGAGUUAUUUACAAUUAAAACAAGACAGAAACUUAUAAACAUAAUUUGUGUUAUGACAAUAGACGACCUUUAAAAAACGUUUUUAUAAGGAAGUCUUUAUAAAAUAUCUACCCGAGAGAUCGUAUUACUUUAAAUGCAACAGAGCGAUUAUUACAAUAUAUGUUUUUGGCUUAUUUAAUGUUUAGGGUUUCAUAUUACGUGUGCACAAAAGAUUGAGCACAAAUAAACUUUUCGGCUGUAAUGUUAACUCUAUGGAUGUCCUUCGACAGACUAAAUGUGUAUAAUGAUUGCUUUGGUGGGAUGAAUAAAUACAUUUGGUUAAUCAUACUUUAUACAAGAUAAGCAGAUGAUUUGUUGAUUAGAAUGGCAACAAAUCAACCACAGAACUUGUUAGAAUGGCGGCUGCAUUGUGUUCUAAAAAGAGCCAACCUUCUUCAAUAUUAUGACGGUUUCAUCAGACAAGGUGAGUGCGAUGUACUGCAGUUAUCUGAAGCAGACGAUUUGAAAUUUAAAGACGUCAUGCAGAAGGUUGGAAUGGCAAAGAAAUCGAUACAUGUUCGUCUGUUCAAAAACACUCUUCUUGAAUGGGUGAAAGAUCCAGAAAAGGAUUCGCAUGUACCUAGCUACUUAAAGGAAGAUGACGACUCUAGAAUGCCUCCAGCUCCAAGAAGCUUGAAUCCUCGAACUGCGACACCGCCACUGCCUGAUAAGUCUUCUGUGGUACAACAAUUGCCAAAAUCUACACAAGGAAAUCAGACAAAAGAAAAAGAUGAGCUUACAAGCGUUAAAUUAGAAAAGAAGGAGUUUCCUAAGCAACAAGACACAACGCAACAACAAAAACACAGUGAAGUCAAAGGAAAGAAUUCGCAUGUAACUAGCUACAUAAAGGAAGAUGACGACUCUAGAAUGCCACCAGCUCCAAGAAGCUUGAAUCAUCGAACUGCGACACCGCCACUGCCUGAUAAGUCUUCUGUGGUACCACAGUUGCCAAAAUCUACACAAGGGAACCAGACAAAAGAAAAGGAUGAGCUUACAAGCAGUAAAUCAGAAAAGAAGGAAUUCCCUAAGCAACAAGACAAGACGCAACAUCAAACACACAGUGAAGUCAAAGAUCAGAAAUAUCACGGACUUGCUCGUUACUAUGAUGAGUUAUUAGAUAACACAGUACUUGACAAGAUGGUUUUAGAUAACCUGAUUUCCAGAUGUAUUUUAAUGAUAGAGGACAGAGAAGAAAUUAUCAAACCAACUACACAACGUGAACGUAACAAGGUUCUACUGGAUAUCUUAACCGAACGACCAUAUCCUACCUUCCAUUUGUUUAAGGAUGUCUUACAGGAAUCUGAACCAAGCAAUAGUUGUGUUCAAGAGCUUGUCAAGAGAAUGACGAGCACUGAAAGCAGGGACGAACACAUAAGUUGCCAAGCACAUGAGAUUAUUUUAAAUAAACACAAAGUUAAACUACAAAAGAAUUACACAAUGUUUGUUCAUGGUGUUGACUCCAGAACAGACAUAGCUGACCACCUAUAUCAGUCUGAUGUUUUAAGUACUGAAGAAAAAGAGGAAAUUUGUCAUUCUUCACUCACUCAACAGGAAAGUAAUAGACUUUUAUACAACAAAUUGAUUCGCAAAGGUGGAGAUGCAUACAAACACCUUCUUGAAGCUGUAAUACACGGAAAAUACCAUGAUGUUGCUUCAGAAAUGGAGAAGACAGAAUUGUCAGAUCAAGACAUACAAUUGUGUCAAAUAGGAAUGGAGAAACUCAAAGACAGACAUGAGAAAAAAGAUAUUAGGAUGAAUCACGAUGAAGUCAUUCCUAAACAUAUACUAGAGCAGUUCGAAAAACGCUUGGAACAGUGGAAAAAGGAUGAUCAACAGUUUGUUAGCACUGAAGCAGAGAAACAUGUAAUGCAAAACGUUUUGACACAAAGUUCAGUUACCCUGGUGGGAAAUUCUGGCACUGGAAAAAGUUUUCUGUCUAAACACAUUGCCCUCAUAAUGAAGAAACAGGGCUAUACUGUAAUUCCAUGUAGUAAACCUGAAGAUAUUGGAAAAUGGUUUAAACAUGGGAGGAAAACUUUGUUUGUCUUUGAUGACGUCUGUGGCAGAUAUACUCUUAAUCAACAAAUUUACACUGACUGGAAACAAAGACUUGAUCACAUAAUAUCUCUGCUCGAAGACAAAUGUUGUAAAAUCAUAUCUACAUGUAGAUUGGAGGUUUACAAAGAUGAAGUAUUUAGCAAUCUCUCUUUUUUCAAAAUGUGUAACAUCGAUUUAAGUUCACAAGAAUUCAAACUUAGUGCUGCUGAAAAAAAUGCUUUAGCUGAAGUGUACUUUAAGGAAAAUACUGAUGAAGUAAAGGAAUGGUCAGACAAAUAUGUCUUUUUCCCCCUUUUAUGUAGUUUAUAUCAUAAACAGAACCUCCAGAAGAAUGUAAGCAUUAGAUCUUUUUUUAGCAAUCCUUUUGAUGUUUUUAAAGAUCAAGUUGUACAAAUGUAUGGAGAAAGUGAUGCUGGUAAGAUGCAGUAUUGUAGCUUAGUCCUUUGUGUGAUGUUUAACAACACAUUAACAGAAGAAAACUUGUCACUAAAAGAUAAGAAGAUAGGAGCAGUCCUAGAAGAUUUACUAGAAGAAUGUGAACUGAAUAAAGGAACAUCCAUCAAACGUUUAAAGAAAUCCCUGGAAACACUUGAAGGUACCUAUGUGGUCAAGGAGGAUAACAAAUACAAAAUAAUCCAUGAUAAGUUGUUUGAUUUCCUUGCCAAGUACUUUGGGGAGAAGAUGUUACAGAUUUUCAUUGAUCAUGCUAAUACUGAUUUCAUUGAGGAGAGAUUUCUAUGGAAGAUAACAGAUAACAUGGGCAUAGAAAUAGAGUUUGUAAUAAGAAUACCUGAUAAAUAUAUAAAUAGAUAUAUAGAAAGGUUACUGAAAGACUGGGAGAACGGUUAUGUAAACAGUGUGUGUCAAAACAGAAACAUGAAGUCUACUACAUUUACAGAAAUCUUCAUAACACGUUUAAACCAACUUGAUCUAUCAAAACAACAAGAACUUGUUUCUACUAAAGAUAUUCACAAUAAAGAUAUAGCAUUUUCAGGAAGUUGUUAUUUGGGUACAGUUGACCUGGUUAAAUGGUUGAUAAGUAGGAAUACUAACAUUAAUUAUUGUAGAGAGGAUGGUUGGUUUCCUUUAUUAUGGACAAGUCAGGAAGGACAUGUUGAUGUUGUUAAAGUACUGUUACAACAUUCAGCUGAUGUCAAUAAAUGUAAGAAUAAUGGUGUAUCAUCUCUGUAUAUAGCUAGUCAGGAAGGACAUGUUGAUGUUGUUAAAGUACUAUUACAACAUUCAGCUGAUGUCAAUAAAUGUAACAAUAAUGGUGUAUCACCUCUGUAUACAGCAAGUUAUAAUGGACAUGUUAAUGUUGUUAAAGUACUGUUACAACAUUCAGCUGAUGUCAAUAAAUGUAACAAUGAUGGUGUAUCACCUCUGUAUGUAGCAAGUGAGAAUGGACAUGUUGAUGUUGUUAAAGUACUGUUACAACAUUCAGCUGAUGUCAAUAAAUGUAACAAUAAUGGUGUAUCACCUCUGUAUAUAGCAAGUGAGAAAGGACAUGUUAAUGUUGUUAAAGUACUGUUACAACAUUCAGCUGAUGUCAAUAAAUGUGACAAUGAUGAUGUAUCACCUCUGUAUGUAGCAAGUCAGAAUGGACAUGUUGAUGUUGUUAAAGUACUGUUACAACAUUCAGCUGAUGUCAAUAAAUGUAAGAAUAAUGGUGUAUCACCUCUGUAUAUAGCAAGUCAGGAAGGACAUGUUGAUGUUGUUAAAGUACUGUUACAACAUUCAGCUGAUGUCAAUAAAUGUAACAAUAAUGGUGUAUCACCUCUGUAUAUAGCAAGUUAUAAUGGACAUGUUAAUGUUGUUAAAGUACUGUUACAACAUUCAGCUGAUGUCAAUAAAUGUGACAAUAAUGGUGUAUCACCUCUGUCUAUAGCAAGUCAGGUAGGACAUGUUAAUGUUGUUAUAGAACUGUUACAACAUUCAGCUGAUGUCAAUAAAUGUAACAAUAAUGGUGUAUCACCUCUGUCUAUAGCAAGUGAGAAAGGACAUGUUAAUGUUGUUAAAGUACUGUUACAACAUUCAGCUGAUGUCAAUAAAUGUGACAAUGAUGGUGUAUCACCUCUGUCUAUAGCAAGUCAGAAAGGACAUGUUAAUGUUGUUAAAGUACUGUUACAACAUUCAGCUGAUGUCAAUAAAUGUGACAAUGAUGAUGUAUCACCUCUGUAUAUAGCAAGUGAGAAUGGACAUGUUGAUGUUGUUAAAGAACUGUUACAACAUUCAGCUGAUGUCAAUAAAUGUGACAAUAAUGGUGCAUCACCUCUGUAUAUAGCAAGUUAUAAUGGACAUGUUAAUGUUGUUAAAGUACUGUUACAACAUUCAGCUGAUGUCAAUAAAUGUGACAAUGAUGAUGUAUCACCUCUGUAUAUAGCAAGUCAGAAUGGACAUGUUAAUGUUGUUAAAGUACUGUUACAACAUUCAGCUGAUGUCAAUAAAUGUAAGAAUAAUGGUGUAUCACCUCUGUCUAUAGCAAGUCAUAAUGGACAUGUUAAUGUUGUUAAAGAACUGUUACAACAUUCAGCUGAUGUCAAUAAAUGUAGUAAUGAUGGCCACCCACCAUUACAGAUGGCUUGUUACAACAACAAGAUAGAGGUUGUACAUGUACUUCUUCAGUGUGAUGAUGUUGAUAUUAAUCUCUGUGAUGAUGAUGGAUGUUCUUCACUUUAUUGGGCAAGUCAGAAAGGACAUGUUGAUGUUGUUACAGAACUGUUACAACAUUCAGCUGAUGUCAAUAAAUGUAACAAUAAAGGUAAAAAUUCUCUUAAUGUAGCACAGGAGCAAGGACAUAUAGAAAUAGAACAAUUGUUAAAAGGAAAAGGAAUAGAUCAACAUUUAUGUCAAAAUGAUCAGUGAACAUGGUGAAGGAUGUUUUUUUUUUUUUUUAGAAUUUGGACAUUUUCAUACAUCGUUAUUCAUUUAUUUAAAACCUCAUAAAGCUGAAAUUAGUUUAUAGUUUGAAGUAUCGACACUAGUCUAUACUUCUAUUAACCUUUAGCUGUUUUGUUUUUUGUUUUUUUUUUCUCUCUAUUGUAUUGUUAGGUUGCUGUCUAUAUUAACAAAUCACUGUUUAUACAUAUAUACAUAUCUUGUUUUAAAGAACUUUUGGAAAGAUUUUAGUGAAAAUACUGUUAAAUCAGAUAAGGUAACUAACUCUUGGCUUGUUUUUCAAUUAACAUGAUUAAAAAAAUACAACAAAUUAUUUGGAAUUGAAAGCAAUUAAAGAUAGACCAGCAGUAUGCAAGAGAGGUGCACACCCUCUAAAAACAGAGACGGAUGGAUAUGCAAAAAACAAUUAUAUAGAUAAAUAACAAAGGUUAUGUUUGAUAAAGUUGAACAUGUUGAAGAUGAAAAACAUUGUAAAUGUGAAUGUCCUCGUUAUAAUCUCUUGAAAAAAUAGUUCUAUAAUAUCAUUUGUAAAUUGUCAAAAUGUUAAACUCAAACAUUGUCAAACGCCAAUUUCAAAUUGUCUUUUUAUUCAAGAAAACCUAGAGGUAUUAAAAAUUAUUGGAAUAUAUAUAUUAAUGAAAUCAGAUAACUAUCAAUAUUGUAUAGAUAUGUUUAUAUGUAACCCAUUAAGAAUAUUUGCCUGUUAAUAUUAUGUAUUAUCUGUUUUAUUACUGCAUGUUUACACACAUGCUUAUGGCUUUGGACUGGCUGUGGCUUAAGAUCUUAACAUUUAGUUGAUUAUAUUCAUAUUUGUAUAUGAAUGUCAACAUUAUUUUUGUCAAGUAUGAAAAAUCAUUGUAUUAAUAUCUCCAUGACCAUAAGUACUUGUUUCAAUAGUGCUGAAAUCAAAUCAUAUCUCCAUGACUAUACCAUAUACCAUUUGAUAAAUAACUUUCUGGUUUGAAUUUUCAUUGAAGUUCGUAUAAUUUUGUUCUUUUACUUUUAAUAAAAUAGUAAGUUUCAAAAUUCCAAAAUUCCAAUGAACAAUGAUGAAUAAAUGAGAAUAUUAAAAUUUAAUAUGUAAAUCUAGACUAAUAAAUCAUGUUAAUGUAUACUAUAAGCCUAAUAUAUAUUUUUGCUAAGUGUUAUCUGUAUCAAAUAUAGACAAAAAGGUUUGAUAAUUUGAUAAUUUGAUAAUUUGAUUUAUUCUAUAUCAAGUUUAUGUAUUAUAAUUUUUCAAUGUUUUUAUCUCAAAAGAAAGGAAAGGCAAUGAAAUCUUAUAAAUAAAGUAUAUAGUAUUUUAGAUUUAUAUGUUUACCAAAAUGAUUAAUAACAUUUGGUCAUAUUUCUGAAUAUUUAUUUAAAUGAGAAUUCAAUACAAGUAGCUUAAAAUGUUUAUUGAUUUUGACACAUUCUGAGAAGUUAUCAAAAUAAAACCAAAAAAUAGACAUUAUGUGUAUAUUAUCUUUUAAGAAGUGCUCAAUUAUAAAUUAAUGUAUUAUUGUAUUUGGAGUCUUUAAAGAACAGUGGAAUAUGACAAUGUUUUUAUAUUCUUAAUAGAAGAUGGGACUUUCAUACACUGGAAAGGAAUUACAGCCUCAAUGAACCAAUUUAUUUCGUAUUUAUUAAAAUUUAGAUGUAUAUUGUAGAUAUUUUAUACCAUGUAGUGUUUCAUAUUAACUUAUCAUUUCUAAUAAACUUAUAUACGUA